AUGGCUGACCUCAAGAGCUAUGAAGUCGAAGAAUGCAGGGCUGCCUUUGAGGUAUACGAUACCACCGGAGGUGGACAGAUCGAUGCCAUGUACAUGGGACCACUUCUUCGUGCCCUUGAUGUCACAGUCACCGAGGAGACUGUCACAAAGGCCGGAGGAAACACCAAGCCGGGCGAGAAGAUGAUCAACUUUGAAGACUUCCUCCCCAUCUACAGUGACGCCAAGAAAUCCAAGGAUAUGGGCCAGAUUGAAGAUUUACUUGAAGGUCUGAAAGUGUACGACAAGAAUGAGAAUGGAACCAUGAUGGCUGCUGAGUUGGCCCACGUAAUCCUUUCCCUCGGUGAGAGGUUGCAAGACAAGGAGGUCGAUGAGAUCUUCAGCCUGUGUUGCCCACCUGAAGAUGAGGAUGGAUACAUCAAAUACGAAACUAUGCUCAGGACCCUUUUCGCUGGACCUUUCCCCGAGAAGGAGGAAGAAAAGAAGUAA